AGCGUCUCCUUCCCACUCCCAUCCGCGCCGCCGCCCCUCCUCCUUGCUCAAGGAACUUCUGAAGGUGUUCUAAGGCUGCCAAGAUGGUUCUGAAGACUGAGCUUUGCCGUUUUAGCGGCCAGAAGAUUUACCCAGGGAAGGGUAUCAGGUUCAUUCGUGCGGAUUCGCAGGUUUUCCUUUUUGCCAACUCAAAAUGCAAGCGCUACUUCCACAACCGCCUGAAGCCUGCAAAGCUUACCUGGACAGCUAUGUACAGGAAGCAGCACAAGAAGGACAUCCAUGCUGAGGCUGCGAAGAAGAGGCGUCGCACCACCAAGAAGCCAUACUCCCGGUCGAUUGUUGGUGCCACACUGGAAGUCAUCCAGAAGAAGAGGGCUGAGAAGCCUGAAGUCCGUGAUGCUGCUAGAGAAGCUGCUCUUCGUGAGAUCAAGGAGCGUAUCAAGAAAACCAAGGAUGAGAAGAAGGCUAAGAAGGCAGAGGUGACCAAAUCCCAGAAGUCACAAAUCAAGGGUGCUGCACAGAAGGGUCCUAAAGGCCCAAAGCUUGGCGGUGGCGGCGGGAAGCGUUGAAUGUUCCCUGCACCAUAGAGAUAAACUUGUGCUGCCUAGCCUUGUUUCUGAUCCUAUCACCUUUGUCUAGUUACCCUGCGGUGUUGAAUUAAAACCUUUUCUGCGAGUUCAAGUGUCUAACGUUUCAGAUUUUUUUGAUGAGUUCAUUUAUUUUGAUGAGUUCA